UCCCAGCGGAGCCUCGCGGGGACUCGGUGCUUCAUCCCCGUUGUAAAGACAAGGAAGUUGGGCCGCGGACGGGUUCGGGAACGCGCCCAGGGUCUCCCUUGGCAAAUGGCAAAGCUGGCAUCGCAAGUUAGGCCCUGCGUUCCGGAGUCUCGGGAUCGCCCCAUUCGGCGUCUUUCCAGAUCGGACAGAUGAGCAACGUGGAGCCGGACGAUGAGCUUCUGGACCCAAAUAUGGAUCCCCCUCACCCUUUCCCCAAGGAGAUCCCGCACAACGAGAAGCUCCUGUCCCUCAAGUAUGAGAGCUUGGACUAUGACAACAGUGAGAACCAGCUGUUCCUGGAGGAGGAGAGGCGCAUCAACCACAUGGCCUUCCGGACAGUGGAGAUCAAGCGCUGGGUCAUUUGUGCCAUGAUAGGGAUCCUCACGGGGCUUGUGGCCUGCUUCAUCGACAUCAUGGUGGAGAACUUGGCUGGCCUGAAAUACAAGGUCGUCAAGGACAAUAUCGACAAGUUCACGGAGAAAGGGGGGCUGUCCUUCUCCCUCCUGCUGUGGGCCACGUUGAAUUCUGCGUUCGUGCUGGUCGGCUCCAUGAUUGUUGCCUUCAUAGAGCCAGUUGCUGCUGGCAGCGGGAUCCCCCAGAUCAAGUGCUUCCUCAACGGGGUGAAGAUCCCCCACGUGGUCCGGCUCAAGACGCUGGUGAUUAAAGUAUCUGGUGUGAUCCUGUCCGUGGUGGGAGGACUGGCGGUGGGAAAGGAGGGGCCGAUGAUUCACUCGGGCUCCGUGAUUGCUGCUGGGGUUUCCCAGGGGAGGUCAACGUCACUGAAGCGAGAUUUCAAGAUCUUUGAGUACUUCCGCAGAGACACGGAGAAGCGGGACUUUGUCUCGGCAGGAGCCGCGGCUGGAGUGUCUGCUGCGUUUGGGGCCCCUGUGGGCGGGGUCCUCUUCAGCUUGGAGGAAGGUGCCUCCUUCUGGAACCAGUUCCUGACGUGGAGAAUCUUCUUUGCUUCCAUGAUUUCCACCUUCACACUGAACUUCGUCUUAAGCAUUUACCAUGGAAACAUCUGGGACCUGUCCAGCCCCGGCCUCAUCAAUUUUGGAAGGUUUGACACAGAGACGAUGGUGUACACGAUCCACGAGAUCCCCAUCUUCAUCGCCAUGGGCGUGGUGGGUGGUGUUCUUGGGGCUGUGUUCAAUGCCUUGAAUUACUGGCUGACGAUGUUUCGAAUCAGGUACAUCCACCGGCCCUGCCUCCAGGUGAUUGAGGCCAUGCUGGUGGCCGCUGUUACAGCCACUGUCGCCUUUGUGCUGAUCUACUCGUCCCGGGACUGCCAGCCCCUGCAAGGCAACUCCGUGUCCUACCCGCUCCAGCUCUUCUGUGCAGAUGGCGAGUACAACUCCAUGGCUGCUGCCUUCUUUAACACCCCGGAGAAGAGCGUGGUCGGCCUUUUCCACGACCCCCCAGGCUCCUACAACCCUAUGACCCUUGGCCUCUUCACCCUCGUCUACUUUUUCCUGGCCUGCUGGACCUAUGGGCUGACAGUGUCUGCUGGCGUCUUCAUCCCAUCCCUGCUCAUUGGGGCUGCCUGGGGUCGGCUCUUCGGCAUCUCACUGUCCUACCUCACCGGGGCCGCAAUCUGGGCAGACCCCGGCAAGUACGCCCUGAUGGGAGCAGCUGCCCAACUGGGUGGGAUCGUGAGGAUGACGCUGAGCCUGACAGUUAUCAUGAUGGAGGCCACCAGCAAUGUGACCUAUGGCUUCCCUAUCAUGCUGAUCCUAAUGACCGCCAAGAUCGUAGGAGACAUUUUCAUUGAGGGCCUGUACGACAUGCACAUCCAGCUGCAAAGUGUGCCCUUCCUGCACUGGGAAGCCCCGGUUACCUCGCACUCGCUCACCGCCAGGGAGGUGAUGAGCACGCCCGUCACCUGCCUGCGGAGGAGGGAGAAAGUGGGCGUCAUCGUGGAUGUGCUCAGCAACACGACGUCCAAUCACAACGGGUUCCCUGUGGUGGAGUCCACCGACGAUUCCCAGUCGGCUCGGCUCCAGGGCCUGAUCCUGCGCUCCGUCCUCUUGAAGCACAAGGUGUUUGUUGAGCGGUCCAACAGGGGCCUGGUACAACGGCGGCUGAGGCUGAAGGACUUCCGGGAUGCCUACCCACGCUUCCCCCCAAUCCAGUCCAUCCAUGUGUCCCAGGAUGAGCGCGAGUGCACCAUGGACCUCUCUGAAUUCAUGAACCCCUCCCCGUAUACGGUGCCCCAGGAGGCAUCUCUCCCUCGGGUGUUCAAGCUGUUCCGGGCCCUGGGCCUCAGGCAUCUGGUGGUAGUGGACAACCACAAUCAGGUGAGUAGCCAGGGAGGGCAGAGGGCCCCUUUCCCUGCUGGCCUGCCUGCCCUGGCCACAGGUGCACAGGUGCUCUCUGCAGGAGACUCUGAGGCCCAGGAUCCAGACUGGUCAUAUGUCCACCUCCGGGUCUCCCCCAAGCUGUGCUGUUCCCCCCACAUGCUUCCACAGAGGAGGAGUGGAGCCACUGGAUUCCUAUGACCUGGCUUUGUUCCCACAGGUGGUCGGGCUGGUAACCAGGAAAGACCUGGCCAGGUACCGGCUUGGGAAGGGGGGCCUGGAGGAGCUCUCACUGGCCCAGACGUGAGACCCUGGCCCUGGCACCUCACCUGGGGUCCUGAACACGCUCCUCGGGCGGCAGCAGAUCUGUUGUCCUCAGACCUCGGGAUGGCCCAGCCGGUGUGUGAGCGUGACCAUCAAUAGGCACCUUGUCAAUGUUCCCCACCCUCCCCCUUGCCUCAGCCCCUUGGAUGUCACUCUCCAUCCUCCUGUUUCUUCGCCCUCAGGGAGCAGAUGUUCAUGCACAUGCUCACUUCCUCAGCCAGCGAGAGGUCAUGUGUGCAUGUGUGUGUCUCAGUGCGUGUUUGUGUGUGUUCAUGGUGUGUUCACGUGUGUGAGGCAGCGAGCAAGCUGGGCCCUGUGGACUUGAGUGCUGCAGGCCCCCAGGGCGGGGCCACCCUGCUUCUCUGCUCCUCGUGACUCUCAGUGCUGGACAAAAAGAUCACGCCGCCUGGACACUGCCAGCUGGAGGCCUUGGGCCUUGUCCCCACGGCCCAGUCUGCGGCCGUGAGGUGAUAGGCCUGUGCAGCUGGGACCUACCUGGGCAAAGGCCCAGCCGAAGGACCAAAGGCAAGGGCUUGGGGCAGCAGACUGGAGCAGGCUGUCAGGAAGCCGGCUGUUCUCCAGAUUCCUGCGUGUGCCCUGGCCCGCAACCCGACUCGGGAGGCCAUGGGCUCUGCGAGGAAGUCUUGGCCAGAGGAGAGCUGAGAACCACCGUGGGCCUGAACCCGAGUUCUGUCACACAUGCCACCCAAGCCCUCUGGAGCUGGAGUCCAGAUGAACAGCUGUUGCCACUGGGACCGAGGCUGGGAAGGCGGGUCUUCUCAGCAUGGGGCUGGGGUGGGCCAGGGGCUAUGUUCUGGGCGGCUCUGAUUCCAGGCCAGCUGCUGGGCUUUGGGCUGAGCUGCCGAGCCUGCAGCAGGGAUGCUGUUCCCCUCCAAGGAAGUUUUUUAAAGGUGAUUCCCAAGUCCCCACCAUCUCUGAUGAGGUGAUUCAGAUGCUUUAGUGGGGAGCUGGUGGGUGCUGCGCCUUGGUUUUAGCCCCUUUCAAGGGGGUGGGGCCUCGAAUCGCAGGUCCAGUCCUGGUGGGGAGUCCUCUGUGGGGGGAGCAGGAUCUGAAUGUGGGAAGUCUGAGUAGGAGAAAUAAAGGAAUUGUACCAGACA